GCUGCUUUUGGCGGCUUUCGUCCAUGUUGCCAUUCUUAAAGUGCAAGGACAGGCAAAUCUAAAACCUAUGGCAGUGUACCCACUGAAUAAAAAAGUUGGAACAAAAGACAUCUUGGGCAAGAAUCCCCCCGGAAUUUCCAAAAACAUCGGUUUUUCUGCAGGUCCUUAUGGAGGCCCUGACAAUGCAAUCGAAUUUAAAGGGCGUCCAAACAGCUACGUUGAGUUCCCAAAUAAAGGCGGACUUGAUGCUAAAAAAUCCAUUACGCUUUGUGCCUGGAUCAACAACGAGAACGAUGGGCCAAUCUUUAACUAUGCUACCAAUCACUGGGGGGUUCAUUUGUGGAUGAUUCAUAAGAACAAUCUCUUCGUUCGCUUCACCCACAACAUUGUAUCGAAAAAACUGAAAUAUGUGUUCACAACUUCUCUUGGCGCCAAGGUGAAAAGACUUGACAGUGGAUGGCACUUUGGAUGCGCGUCUUACGAUGGCAAAACUGGAAAGGCUAGACUGUUUGUAAACAAUGCAUAUGAUACCAAGAGCGAGAAGAACAUUGGAAAGAACCUUCGUUUAUCCACGCAGGACGAUGUCAGAAUGGGAGUAAGGAUUGGGGAUGCUCGCUACCUCAAGGGAAGCGUGUCGUGCAUGCAAGUGUACGGGGCUGCCCUGACUGAAGAACAGAUUAAAAAGUAUGCUAAGAAACGCUGCUUAACCCAUACAAAAGUUGAGCAUGAACUUACAUGCGGAUCCAACCAGAUGAAAGUGACCGUUAAAAGACCAACGCCCUAUACCAGUUUCAAAGACUUGCGUCUGUUAGACCCAGCAUGCAAAGCGGGCAAAAACUUCCAGUUUAAAUUCGGUUUGGACAAAUGUGGAACUCAGGUUGAGACUACAAAAACAGAGAUCAUCUACAGAAAUGAGAUUCUUGGCACAGAAAUUGUCAAAGGUGGAAAARUAUCCCGUGUUAAGGACAUAAGAAUAACGCUAGAAUGUGCUUACCCGCGAAAGACCGUACUCACAUCGAAUAAGAUUGAGCCGAACCAGGACAAAUUCCGAGGUGCUUCUGUCGAAAAUGGUAAAUUCAAGUUUGCAAUCMAAAUGUUUCCAACGAAGAAGUUUGACAAACCUUUCGCMAAGUACCCAGCACGCUUGCAUCUUCGCCAACCUGUCUAUGUACAGGUAUCAGUCAAUUCCCUUAGUGGAGAGCUUGCUAUCUUGGCAAAGGAUUGUUAUGCCACAGCAACGAAAUCCCCUGCUGAUAAACUCAGGCAUCCUUUGAUUGCAAACAGUUGCCCAGCAGACAAAACGUUGAAGAUGUUGCCAUCUCCUUCCACAAACAAGCAGAGGUUUCGUCUUCAGACUUUCCGCUUCGUCGAGAAAAAACACAAAUAUAUUUUCAUCCACUGCAUSGUGACCACUUGUGACGGGAAAAAGAAAGACAGCGUGUGCGCAAAGGGCUGUCAGAAGCCUAAGGUUGGCAAGCGCGAAGAAUCAGACUUGGAAGGCUUGGAAACAAUCAGCCUGUCUCAAGGACCAUUCGCUCUUAAACAUCCAGAAUCGCAAGUAGCUGUGAACUUGGAGCAAGAUAGCAACCAACUUGAUGACGCAGUAAGUAUGCCUUUGGAAAUAUCGGAUUAAAAGUGAAACAUAUCAAGGCUCCAACCGAACUGGCAUGUACAAAUUGGCGUGAGUGAACCAGGAAUUUCUGAAGCAGUAUUUCCAGUCAAUUAAUGAUGUAUACUAAACUGUUGUCAGGCCUGUGUUAUUUUCAUGGAAUAUUUUUAAAUUCAAACUUCGUGUAAUGAUUUUAGCAAAUGGCAAAUAAAACUAUUUGAGCAUUCAG